AGAAACGGAACGCGAGCAACCGGCUGGAGGGAGGGAGGGAGAGAGAGAGGGUAACGGGGAGGGGAGAGAGAAAGUAGUAGCCGGGAGAAGAGAGCAUCAGCGGGGGGAGAGAAGAAUCAGCGGGGAGAGGGGAGUGAGCGUGUGUUGCAGGCGCCGGGAUGUCGUGCUACCCAGUCCGGGGUCUGCCUUUGCUGCCGGGGUACACGGUCCGGGACCCCACGAAGUCACGCUUCGGGCGGCCGCAGACGUUCAGUUACCGCAACGGCUUCGCGCUGCCGCUGGUGCCGCGGGUCGGUAUCGGCGGGGACCCGCUCCAUGUCAACCCGCUGUCCCAGGCCGAUGUGGACCAACUGGCCGACACCCGGCCCACGCUCACCUACGGACAAGCCCGGCAGGCGCCCCCCUCCGACUUCAUCCCCGGCCACGUCGCCUUCGACAAGCAGGUGCUGCGGUUCUACGGCUACUUCAAGGAGACGGUGCGUGAGUCCCCGGCGGAGGUCUACCGUGUGCGGCGGAUCGUGCUGCUGUACUACCUGGAGGACGACAGCAUCGCCAUCAGUGAGCCGGCCGUGGACAACGCGGGGCUGCCGCAGGGACCGCUCAUCGCCCGCCAGCGGCUGCCCCGGGAUGACCAGGGUCACACCUGGCACUGGCGCCACCUCAAUGUGGCCACCGACUUCACCGCCUACGGCAAGCGCUUCCGCCUCACCGGCUGUGACCGCUUCACCUGGGACUUCAUGCUGAGUCACGGCAUGGUGCCCAACUGCCCAGAGGACACCCCGCUCGACCCGUACACGGAGAGCCGCAAGGAACCGCCGCGGGAGCACCGCACCCCAUCGGACUUCGACAAACUCAAGCAGUUCCUCACCUUCGACCGCCAGGUGCUGCGUUUCUACGCGGUGUGGGGCGAGGAUGAGGACGGGCCGGGCCAGUGCCGCCGCUACAUCAUCCACUACUUCCUGGCCGACGGCUCGCUGGAGAUCCGCGAGGUCUACGAGAGGAACGACGGCAGAGACCCCUUCCCUGUGCUGGUGGGCCGGCAGCGCCUGGCCAAGAGCCUCAAGCAGCCCACCGCCAGCUUCCCCGCCGCCGUGCUGGAGGUGUCGGCAGCGGAGGUGGGCGAGUGGCUGGGCCCGCGGGACCUGGUGGUGGGGCAACAUGUCACGGUGCUCGGCCGCCGCUUCUUCAUCUACGACUGCGACCAGUUCACCAGCCGCUUCUACCAGGACAACGUCCGCGGCAUCGACCUGCACCCGGUCGACAUCUCCGUGAAAGCACCCGCUCCUGAAGAGAAGGUCCGCCCCGGGAGGAGAGGAGGGGGGAGGUAG